AUGGGCUCUGUUCCUCCAGCAGUUCCUCUGCUCCUUCAAUACGACUUAAAGUUCAGUUGCAUCCCAGGAGAUAACAACUACGUCGCCGAUGCCCUGUCUAGGCUCCAAGACGACGAGGACCAUGAUCGGGAUCUCGAUGCUACGCACAUCGGUAAUCGACCGUUUGCAGUCCAUUUCGCCGAGGUCAGCCAGAACCUAUUCCAGCUACCGUCACGUAACGAGUUCCUUGUGAAGGACGACGACGUCCCCGUGGAUGAGUUGCAAAACCUCCUCAAAAGAGAAGACGGCCCCUACGAACACCGUAAGACCAAAAAGUUGUACGUCCCGAAUCGACUUAGCUGA